UUUACACUCUGCUCUCUUCCUCCGAAUCAAAGAAGCUAGCGGCGGCGAGGUCGACCGGCGGCGGCGAUGUCCUCCUCUCCCGGUCGGUUCUGCUCAAAGAAGCUGAAUUGUUCGAUGGAGGACCUACCGGAGGCUCUGCUGACAGAGAUUCUCAACAGGAUCACCACGACAAGUGAUCUGAAUUCUCUUUCCCUUGUGUCAAAGCAGCUCUACAGGAUAGAGGGGAAUCAAAGGGAUGCUAUCCGUGUUGGUUCCGGUCUUUGCACUGCUACAAAAGCACUGACAUCAUUGUGCGUCCGCUUCCCAAAUUUGCGGAAAGUGGAAAUCGAUUACUCUGGUUGGAUACCUGGACAUGGAAAGCAGCUGGAUAACAAAGGCCUUUCUGUGUUUUCAUCUCACUGUUCCUCGCUGAUUGAUCUCACAUUAAGCUUCUGCUCACACAUCGAUGACUCUGGGCUUGGUUGCUUAGUGAAUUGCAAGAAAUUGGUGUCUCUCAGGCUGAACUCCACACCACAAAUAACUUCGAUUGGGCUUUUCUCGGUUGCAGUUGGUUGCACAAGUCUAUCUGCUCUCCACCUUAUUGAUUGCGAGGAAAUCGACAAUGUAGAGUGGCUGGAAUACCUUGGAAGGGAUGGAUCAUUGGAAGAGCUUGUAGUGAAGAAUUGCAAAGGAAUCAAUCAUCAUGACUUCAUAAAGUUUGGUUCAGGAUGGAUGAAGCUCCAGAAGUUUGAGUUUGAGAGGAAAAGAGGUAGAUAUGAUCUUCUUGAUCCAGGUAAUGUUGUCUAUGACUCCUCGUAUGAUGCUCACAACAUGGAUAUAUAUGAUUUCUGCUGUGAGAGUUUGAAGGAUUUAAGGUUGGCGCAUAUUGAAACUUGGCCAGAAGCAGGACUUCGAGUUCUCCUAGGAAAGUGUAAAGCAUUGGAGAAGCUUUGCCUUCAGUAUGUUCGUGCCCUAAAUGAUAAUGACAUUAUUGCAUUAUCUCGGAGCUGCAGCAACCUUAAAAGAAUCUCACUUUGGCUUAACCUGCAGCGCUACUCUAGUGAUGUCAACUAUUGUGAGACCAGGACAUCAUUUACUGAUAAGAGCCUUUACGCUCUAGCCCUCAACUGUCGUAUGCUUCAGAUGAUAGACCUCAGCUUUACAGGAUGUGAUGCCGACUGGCCAUCAGAAAUAGGAUUCACACAAGAGGGUUUUCUGGUGCUCAUUCAGUCCUGCCCAAUUCGUGUUCUUGUGCUCAACAACGCCAACUUCUUUGAUGACGAGGGGAUGAAGGCCCUCUCAUCCUUGCCUCAUCUGGAGACACUUGAGCUUAUAUUGUGUCAUGCGGUAACUGAUGCCGGGAUGCGCUUCAUUGCGCACACCCCAUGCUUGAGUAAUCUCACACUUCGGAUGUGUCAUAACGUUACUGAUGUUGGAGUGGCUGAACUGGAAGAUGCUCAGAAGUUAGAGUCUUUGGUCAUCGAGUCUUGUGGUGAGGUCUCUCUGCAAGCUGCGCAGCGUGUUGCCAAGUCAGUUCAGUACUCCAGCGAGUGUUCAAAUGCCCUUAUGAAGAAAAUUGGUCUUGGCGGCUAUUGAUGAAUUGGUCUCCAAAAAAUUUAGUAUGAAUUUGCUGCUGAAGCCAUUAAGUUGUUCAGUGUGCAUCAUUGGACAAGGCUGUGCAUCAUCCGACCUAGAUUCACUUGUCUGGACUUUCUAUUGCCUUCUACCUUUACUGUAUGAUUUUUCUGUAUGACAGUCUAAUGAUGAUCUUAGUACGGCAUCUGGUGAAUGAAACUUUAAUAGUAGGCACCACUUGUGUAUUACUAUCAUCUGUACGUAAUUCUCUUGCUUAAUUUCUACUCUCUGUAGCUGCUUUGAAACCGGCAUAAGUAGGCCCCAAGAUUCCCUGUUUUUGCUGCGGGGGCACUAUAUGACAGUUUGGUGUUACUUAUUUGUAUUAUUUAAGCAAAUGUCAUGGACCCUUUUUUAUUGCACAAGUGAUUUUGAAGACAUA